AUGUCUUUUACAAUAUUUCUUCCAGAUGGUGAGGAGAAGACAUACGGUGGCUGUGAGGGCCCAGACGCUUUGUAUGUAAAACGAGUUUAUAGUAAAAAUGAGUUUAUAGUGAAGAGAGAACACGCUUUAACCUCUGGCACCAUUAAAGCCAUGCUGAGCGGACCAGGUCAGUUUGCAGAGAAUGAAACGAAUGAGAUUAAUUUCCGGGAGAUCCCGUCGCACGUGCUCUCCAAAGUGUGCAUGUACUUCACUUACAAAGUUCGCUACACAAACAGCUCCACAGAAAUCCCAGAAUUCCCCAUCGCUCCCGAGAUUGCGCUGGAACUCCUGAUGGCUGCCAAUUUUUUAGACUGUUAGGUGGAAUAAUGCCAGUUAUUCCAUAGGUUGUUUUAAAUAUGUGCUUAUUUAAAUUGUUUGCCAUGAACUGAAGAUUAAACAGUGAAUGCAGAGUUUAUCAGAAUUGUUUGUUUGUUUUUGCACUGUGCUUAUUUGGACAGAAUGAUAUGUUUGUAAUAGAAAGACAUCGUCUGAUUGUGUAUUCUAUUUAUGUGCUUUAGGAGUUUGUUUUAAUGCAUUUAUUAUUCAUUACUCAUCACUUUAUGGUUGUUUUAUUAACCUUGUGUGUUUUUUUUUAAGCUGAUUAAACAAAAGGUGAAAGAAAA